AAACUUUGACAUUAACCGUAUUGUUGCCGCUUUUUCCAAUCACGAAAAGGCUUCCGCAUCGCUAGAAAAUAGCAAAAUUGUGCAGAAAACAGUAAAUCCUACGUAGAUAAUCGUUUGUCCGAGUCAAACAAACGAAAUGUCUGACCGUGAUCGUGAAUAUCGUGGUGGAGGAGGUGGUCGUGGUGGCGGAGGUGGCGGUGGAGGAGGAGGAGGCGGCGGCGGUGGUGGUGGCGGAGGUGGUGGUGGCGGUGGACGCCAUCGGUCGCGGUCCCGCGAGCGUCGCCGAAGCCGUUCCAGAAGCCGUGGAGGCGAUCGGAGAAGAUCGUCGCGUUCCCGUUCGCCUUACCGAAAGCAUCGUUCGCGUAGGCGCAAACCGUCGCUAUACUGGGAUGUUCCGCCGCCAGGCUUCGAGCACAUUACUCCGCUGCAGUACAAAGCGAUGCAGGCUGCAGGGCAGAUUCCGGCUAAUAUAGUGGCGGACACACCGCAGGCAGCUGUCCCGGUGGUCGGCUCAACCAUCACGCGCCAGGCGAGAAGGUUGUACGUGGGCAACAUACCGUUUGGCGUUACGGAGGAGGAAAUGAUGGAGUUCUUUAAUCAGCAAAUGCAUCUGUCCGGUUUGGCCCAGGCUGCCGGUAAUCCGGUACUUGCCUGCCAGAUCAAUCUGGACAAGAACUUUGCGUUCCUGGAGUUUCGCUCGAUCGACGAAACCACACAAGCCAUGGCAUUCGAUAGCAUUAAUUUUAAGGGACAAAGUUUGAAGAUUCGAAGACCGCACGAUUACCAACCCAUGCCCGGUAUGACCGAUUCAGCGGCGGUCAAUGUUCCCGAAAAAUUCUCCGGUGUCAUCAGCACUGUGGUACCCGACUCACCGCACAAGAUAUUCAUCGGUGGUUUGCCGAACUAUUUGAACGAGGAUCAGGUAAAGGAGUUGUUGCUCUCGUUCGGUCAACUGAAGGCGUUCAAUCUGGUCAAGGACGCCGCGACAGGUCUGGGCAAAGGUUACGCCUUUGCUGAGUACGUGGAAUAUACGACUACCGAUCAGGCAAUUGCAGGGUUGAACGGUAUGCAGUUGGGUGAUAAAAAAUUGAUCGUACAACGUGCCAGUGUAGGAGCGAAGAACUCGAACGCUGCCGUCGUAGCGCCAGUACAGAUUCAGGUACCGGGACUUUCGCUUGUCGGUUCAUCUGGUCCACCGACUGAGGUGCUUUGCUUACUGAACAUGGUCACACCGGACGAGCUGAAGGACGAGGAAGAGUACGAGGAUAUUCUUGAGGACAUUCGGGAAGAAUGUAACAAGUACGGUGUGGUGAGGAGUGUAGAAAUCCCUCGGCCCAUCGAGGGUGUUGACGUGCCCGGCUGUGGCAAGGUAUUUGUCGAGUUCAACUCAAUCGUCGACUGUCAGAAAGCGCAGCAAGCACUUACUGGGCGCAAGUUUAGCGAUCGUGUCGUCGUUACGUCGUACUUCGAUCCAGAUAAGUAUCAUCGACGAGAGUUUUAAGGACAUAUGACAGAGUUCACGCUGCAAUAUGCGCUUGAUGGAGGAGUGUGAUUAAUGUAUACUGUGACGAUCGCUCCAAAUUUGACAACAUGAAUCGUAUUAUUCCGUUAUUUCUUUUUUCUCAUUUUUCCCUACUAUCGUUCCCGGUUAGUAGUCUCCCUAUUGGUGGGUUGAUUGUGACAUAAUGUAUUCGUCGGCCCAUGACGCUACGUUGGAUGAUAGUCCCUAAGUCGAACGUCGGCGUUAGAGAUUGAACCUGGAUAAUUUCAAUUGUUUUGGACAUGUCGUAGAAUUUGUGCAUCCUGCUAUUGGUGCACUACCAGAAACACAUGCCCUUUAGUAUCAUCAUUUAGUAUCAUUGCUUUAGCAAAUCGGCAGAUUGAAUUGGGGCAAUGUAAACUUUUUAAGCGGCCCGAUGGUGUAUUGGUAAUGACACCUGUCUUCACACAAUAGGACCGGUCCAAAAUUCCAUCCGGACUAAUCUUGCGUACGCAGGACUAAAGGACGCAAAGAAAGCCAGAAUGGGCAGGCCUAGACCUUCUGAGGAUAUUGUGCCGGUAAAGAAGAAGAAACUAUUUAACGCAGCUAAUUUUCAACAUACUUCCAUUCAGAUUCAAGCUUAUAUUCCGCGUGUCUUAAAUUUGAUGGACUCGGGUGAAAUAACGCUCAUGUUUGAAAGUUAUAGAGCCUACUUUCCCGGUUGUUCUUUAUGCCUUUAACAUUUUUGUGGAUUGAAAACAAAAACAAAAUUAACAAAAAUCUAAACAAAUUUUUUAGUCAAUGUCACCUAGCAUUUUAUGUUCGAUAAUCGAACUCAGAUGCUCAGAUGCAGUGUAUUUUGGGGGCUAUCUGUACCGAGAUUAUACAAACUAUUUUGGAAAAAGCUAAUGAAUAAUUUGUUACGAUAAUUGUGAAAAUAAUACGGAACAUUGUGUAUGCUUAUCCUAAAAUCUUAGUCGAUGCAAUUCUCGUUUGCAUUUUGUUCAGCGAUCGUGUACAAUCUACACAUGACUAAACUCAACGUCCGGACCAAAGUCGACAGCGACCUAAACUAUAUGUCUUGCAAUGAAAGUUCACAGCAGAUUAACAGCAUCGAUUUUUAAAGUCCUCUCGUUUACUUGCGCAAUCGUUUAUAGUGUAACUUACUAUAGAUGUUUAAGAUAAGAAAGAAGCGACGUACGUGAUGAUUGACGCAUGUAAUACAGUUGGAAAUGCCCAUGUUUUCAACUGCGACACUCGUGAAUAAAAGA